AUGGAGCAGAAGGACCGACGGAGCUGCCUCCCCGACGACGUCCUCCAAUCCAUCCUCCGCAAACUCUCGCUCAAGCAGGCCGUCCGCACCGGCGCUCUCUCCCGGUGGUGGGAGUCCCAGUGGAUCCGUGCUCUCGCCAGCUCCCCAGUUGUCGACCUCACCGACGACCCAGACUUUGCCCGCGGCCAGCCGCCGGCGCUGUCUGCGGCCACGGUGGAUCGCUGCCUCCGGCUCCACACAGAGCUCGGUGCGCCGCUCGACAUGUUCCGCGUGGCACUGGUUUGCCCAUCAGAUCUGGACGGGCAAGACGUCAUCGGGUGGAUCGCGACUGGCUUGCGAAGGGGCGCCAGGGCGGUCGAAGUGGAUCUGGCACCGCCGCCGCCGGAGGAGGAGGACGAGGAGGAGGAGGGCGAGGAGGAGGAGGACCCGCACGCCGGUCAUGAGGCGCCGCUCUUGGAGCUCCCCGCUGAUCUGUUCCAGGCCAGGAACUCACUGGAGCGGCUGGCGCUCGGCUCGUUCAGCCUCCACGCUGUUCCGCUCCCCGCGGUGGGUCUCGCCGGCCUCCGCUCGCUCUCCCUCAGCCAUGUCGACGUCACCGACGAGGCGCUCCGGGGCCUUGUCGCCAACUGUCCGGCGCUCGAGCGCCUUAGCCUGAGGCGCUGCUCCCGCCUCGCCAUGGUGAGCGUUGCCAGCGAGACGCUGCGGGUGCUGGAGCUCGUGGGCUGCCAGGCCUUGAAACAACUCUGCGUCGAUGCGCCCGCGCUGGAGUCGUUCGCCCUGCACUGCAACAUCUUCGUCACCAACCCCGACGCCCCCUGUGAAUGGGAUUGGGAUACUCCUGUUGAAGUCGACUUACUCGGCCCACCGGCCCUCCGGGACGUGUAUCUGUCGCACAUCGGCUGCGACACCCGCCUCGACACCGAGCAUAACGCGCUCUACCCUUCCUUGUGCCUCGACGUCGUGCUAGCCCGGAUCCUGACUAUUUGCUCCAUCGGCUUGCUGGUACGUACCGAAAAUCACAAUGCUCACAAAUUAAUUCGAUCGGUGACUAUUUACUCUUGUGGAUCGGAUCAACAUGUUGAUUCACUCAGCUGGCUCGACCCAUUCAAAGACAUGCCGAACCUAGAAGAGUUGCAGCUGCUGAUGGACUACGAAGGUUACUGCCUUGAGGCCGUGUCCGGUUUCUUCAAGCUCAUCCCACUUCCAGUCCUUCAACGGCUCUUUGUGUGUCUCCAUAUUGAUCACGAGCCGGAGGGAGAAGGCAGCUCAUCCGCAGCAGUGUGGAGCGUCGAGAAUGAUGAUAGCAAAGACAUGGCACCCAAGGAGGAGAUCGUCCUUGACCAGCUGACAUUCAUCAAGUUUGUGAAUUUUAGUGGGACAUGGUGCCAGCUGCGGUUGCUCAGCUUCUUCCUGGAUAAGUCCCCUGUCCUCCAGCAGCUGGUGCUGGUCACGCCGGAAGGGGAGGGAGCUCUAGGAGAUGACCGACUAAAGGUCAUCCAUGAGCGGGUGGCCGCAUUGGAGAAGGCCUCAAGCGAGGCAAGCAUUACCGUGUGCCGGCCCAAGGAAGACGAUACCCCGAACCAUCCACACACGAGGUACUUCCACGAGGAGUAUGAAACUAUGUAA